UUUGGAGAGCCGAGGGGACCUCUUGACGGGCUGUCCCGAACCCGAGAGGUCAGCCGCGCCGCGGGGCUCCCCAACUUCUAUGGGAACGAGAGGGGAAGCGAACUGGCUUUCCGCGCGCGCCCGCCGAUUGUUGUCCGAGGGCCAAUGAGGUGGAGCGACAUCAAACGCUGACUCUGCCCGACAACUACACCGCGUGGCUGCUCCGCGAGCUCCCACCUUUCAGGUGGGGACGCGCGGCAGGCAAGGGCUCCAGCCUCGGGCGACGAAUCCUGCCCGCGGAUCCGGCGCGGGCUCCUCGGCGCGGUGCUGCCUCCUGCUGCACGAAAUGCUGCGCCCUUGCGGCCGCCGCCGGUCCCCGGAGCCCCGGCUUCCCGGCCGUUUCCUGCUUCCCAGGGGCUCCCUCGCCGGCCGGGAUCAGAGAGCUGGGGGAAGUGCUGCUUUGGGACCUAUCAUCCUUCAGGAUGGAUCUUCAGAUAUGUUUGUAUAUUGAAUAAAAAGUUUCCGAUUCUUAAUUUCCCAAUUUAAAAAAUGAGCUCAUUACAGAUUAAAACUAAAAUCCUCUCUGACCACCAUCAUCCUCGAUCCUGGUUGACUCGCUUCGCUGCCACCUGCUUGUGUCCUGUACAUAUAGCAGAAUUCUCUAUUCCCUUUCAGGUUGCUAGAGUCUUUGGCUUAAAGAGCACCCAGAUGAAGCUGAAAGAAGGGUCGUUUCUGUGGUACCUCUACCUGGACAAACUGUACUGCUUAUUAUCCGUGAGGAACGUGAAGGCCCUGGUGGAGUAUUUUCACCUUCUUGAUGUUCACCGCAACAACACGUUGAAUGAUGUGCUGUUCUAUCACUUCCUUCAUCACGUGACUAAUUUGAAACGGAGACAGAUCAUGAUUGUGUUUAACAUGUUGGACUGGAAUGCUAUGGGCGAGAUUGCUUUUGACCAGUUCUACAUGUUAGUUUGCAUCCUGCUGGCACAACAGAACCACUUGGAAGAGCAAUUUAUCUUCCGCCACUCCCGGCCUGUUUUUGAGCUGCUUGACCUGGAUGGGGAGAUGAAAAUUGGUCCAGAAAACUUCCACAUGUACAACUUCCUCUUCAAUAUUAAAAAGCAGGAACUCAGAGAGCUCUACAGUGACUUUGACGUGACAGGUGACUGUCGUCUUAAUUACAAGGAAUUUAAGCUGUUUACUAUCUUCACCAUGGACAAAUACCAGGAGAUGAAGAAAGCAGAGAAAGAAAAAGAGAAAGAAAGAGAAGACUCUGCUUAAAAAGAAAAUGAAGUUACAUGAAUGAAGUUAAUGUGAGUCAAAAAGAGUCUUCUUGGAAUAAAUAAAUCUGAAAGAAUAUAAGUAAUUACAACUAUUAACAUGUCCAAAUAUAAACUUGGAGCACCAAAGCGGACAUCUUUACACUGACUGUGAUAUACGAAGGGUUCAAAUGAGUGCUCCUCAGGCAGCAGGUUAACUCUAAACAUCUUCUGACCUCACAAUAAUGUGAUGUGCAAUAACCAUUUUCUCUUUGUGCACACGUCCCAAUUCUGCUUCUCCUUUUCAGAUCAACCCCUUUCAUUAGGUCCCUGUGUCUCCACAUAAUCACCAACACUUAAUGGAGCUAAGCAGUUGAAAGGUAAUGCAUUCUCAAUAUUUGUCACUAGUGUCUGAUACUUUUAGAAUCCUUUCUAUUUUCCCAGUCCUUAAACUAAACCUACCUGGAUGCAAGAUACUUCAAACUGGCAAAUGGUGAAGUGUCUCAAACCAUAAGGGAAACGGACUUUUAAGAACACGGGGGCUGUGGCUGUGUUCUUCUUAGAACCUGAAUUACUCUCAUGAGUUAGGUGCUUAAGCAAAUGGACCAGAUCUACUAGGGUAAAAUAAUUACUACGUUCCAUGAGUUUAAUUUUUUAUAUAAUGCCUUGAAUAAUUUUUAAAUGUGUUUAACACAGAACUUGUGGAUGCUCCCUGAUUGUGCUGUCAUGCUGAUGAUGAUAAAGACCACUCAGUAAGCACUUGUUACGGGUCAGGCAGGUGCUUUAAAUGCUUGACUCAUAAUCCUCUGAAUUCGGUGUUACCCUCGAUUUACAGAUGAGGAAACUGAGGCCUAUAGAGAGUAAGCACCUUACCCAAGAACAUAUGGCCCACUAGUGGUAGGACCGGGAUUCAAAUUCAAGGUCAAUUAGAUGGAUGCCUGUGCUUAGAGCAAGUGAUCCGAGUAACUCGUUUUCGCAGAUUCCGUUUAAAUCUUAAGUUUCGUUUCACUGGCUCAGAAAUUCAUCCACAUCGUGCUAAUGACCACAUCUCCUCCUAUCAUGAAUUUCUGAGGAACGAGUUUAGCAAUUAAAGAAAUACAGCUCGCUUACUAUAAACAAAGUAUUUCUUAAGUAUACAUUACGCAACAUAACUGACCUUAAGGCAUUCGAGUUCAAGGGAUACAGUCAUCAUCAAGGAUCAGUGUCAAUUGCAACAGAUAAUGCUUGUCUAAGAUUGUCAUUCUUGCUCUAGAAGACAUGGGAUUGUGGUAACAUGCUUAUGACCAUUAGUAAUAUUUAGCAGCCAAAUCACCUCCCUCUUCCCCGAAAUGGUGCUACAAAAACUGAACGGAGCUAGCAAAACAAAACAAAAACGAAUCAACAACAAGUCAUUUGACUUCUCAUGCCUGAUUUAGACAUGGAAAUUGUGAAAUCAAAAAGUUGCAAAGCAUCUCACUUAGAACAGUGUUCUCCCCGUCCUCUGAUUUGGUGAUAAGUCUGCAGUUAUUCUCUAAGAACACCUUCUGGCAAACAAGUUUGGACGCUACUACACUUACACAGAGUACUGGACCGAGAGACUAGUACAAUCUGGCUGGAAAAUGUCAGCUAGGGAUUAUGUGUCGUUUCAAAGGGUCUUACCACUAAGCUUAUUUGGGGACAGGUUUCUGCUUCUUUUGUGGCAGUCUACAUGGCUUUUGCUACCAGACAGCCUUAGGAUCCAGGCGUAGUUCUGGGAGGAGAAACUGCAACGUCUUAGGAAGACUUCUUUCUCGUUUUCCAAUGGGAACAAUCCCGAGAUAUGUAAAGGGUAACCACAGCAUAUGUUUUUUCAGACAUGGUCUCUAAGGCAAAGAAGAUACUAUACAAUCUACUGUUUCAGAAUGGGGGCAGGGAGAAAGGAGGGAGAGCCAAAGAUAAUAGGUAUAGGAUUUAAUUUGGGGUAAAUUUUAAACUAAAAUUUAAAUGUUGAAAUUAUUUAUUUCAAAUUAAUUUAAAAUAAGUUAAUAUAAAUUUAAGAAGUAGAGUUUGAGACAUGACCAGGGAGUAUAGUUUUCCCCUCCUUCCUAGAUAUCAACGGGUGACUAUAAAAGUACCCUGAUCCAACUGUCAGGUUCCUGUUAAGAGCAUUUUUAUCAUCUGUGUGGUCCCAGAACGGAAUCAGGAAACUGAGCAUUUGCUUCUGCUGAGCCCCAACUGAAACUCGGUGUAAAAACUAAAAUUCAAUCACCUGUAAAGUGGCACUCUUUUGGGACUAGGAGCACAACAAAGCAAUCUGUCAAUGUUCAUUUUAGGACUUUUUUUUUCUCGAUUAUAUUAUGUGACUUAAAAUGUGUUUGUGGGUAUACUUAAAUUAAGUUUCGUUAUGUCCACACUGAGUCAAACUACUGUGAUUUCAAGGGUACAGCUUAACAGACCAAGUACAUUUGGGUACGUUUUGCAUAGCAAUAACACUAGAUUAUUACUGUCACAUUCACGUUAGACUUAUUUGGUCAACAAAGCAUGUGCUUGUUCAGGGGCCUAAGCAGAUGGGGAGGAGCCGCACUUGCAGGGGCAGGUGACGGGCAGGUGACGGGAAGGCUUGACUGAAGAGAUGACUACAGUUCCAGCCCAGGGCCAGGGGACGGGAUCCUCCACGAUCUCUAUCCAGCUACAAAGAGGAAAGAAAUUUAGGGGAAGCUAACUAUGCAAAGUGAAAUCGCUUUUUUUCUACCAGUCCUUAGUUCUCACGCAUUAUCAUCACAGGCCUCAUGCCCAAAACAAAGAUUAGAAAAAGGCCAAACCGAAUUUGCUGAGAUGGGGGUUUACCAAUGUGAGCAGCCCGUGCUGGGCCAGAGAACAGAAACCACAGGGGACUGGCCACAAAGGAGUUCUCAGCCACACUCCUCAUCUCUCUUUUAAAUUAGUAAAAAUACCAAAUCACAGCAUUUGAGAGUUGGACACAAGGUGUAUUUGCUCAUUUUUCCAAUUAAUAAGAAAAGACCAUUAAAAAAGUA